UGCAGAACUUGCCAAAGCUUUGCCUUAUAGCCAAUGGACACUUCAUCAGGAUCAACACAACCGAAGACCGAUUCAGAAGUAAUACAAAACAGAGUUAUGAGUUCAAACGACUGGAUAGACAAGUGGGAGAAGAAAAAUAUAGGAUUUCAUGAAAAGAAUAUACAUGUACUUUUAUCAGAGUUCGUAGAAGAGAUGGUGAAUAAGAGAGCACAAAUACGCAUCUUCUUCCCUCUUUGUGGAAAAGCCGUGGAUAUGAAAUGGUUAGCUGACAUGGGACACAGUAUUGUUGGGGUUGAUGUGUCUGAAAUAGGAUUGAAGGAAUUCUUUGAAGAACAAAACAUUUCUUAUGUUGAAGAAACUCUGCCUCAGAUUCCCGGUGCCAAGGUGUUUAAGAGCACAUCUGGUAACAUUUCACUGUACUGCUGCAAUAUAUAUGACUUAUCAAGUUCAAUCAUUGGAAAGUUUAGCGGAAUAUGGGACAGAGGGGCCAUGGUUGCUAUCAAUCCACAGGAGAGGGAACGUUAUGCAAAGUUGAUACUGACUUUAAUGGAAAAUGACUGCCGGUAUCUGCUGGUUACGUGUGCGUAUAAUCCUAAACUGUUUCGAGGGCCUCCAUUUUAUGUAUCAGAUGCAACUAGAGAAAGCUUGCUUGGGCCAACAUGUAAUGUGACGUUUCUGAAGACUAUUGAUUCUUUUACUGACACCCAGAAAAACUGGGGACUUGAUUAUUAUGAGGAUAAUAUAUAUCUAGUAACAUUUAAAUCCAGUUCCUGAUUGGACAAAAAAAAACCCUGCAGAAGAAAUCCAAAGCCACUUUCUUUUCUGUUCCAAGCAUUUUAUUCAUUUACCCUAAUAAAUCCUGCUUGGGUUUUUAGCAAGACAAUAUUUUUAAUAUUCCUUAUUGGCCAGAAAAAUAAAAUAUUUUCUUCCAUCUUUUAUAUGUGGCCUUUUGAUAGCCCAGGAAAAACUGUAAUUACUUCACAAGAAAAUAUUAGUAUAACUGUAUUGCAAAUUGUUUGGCUAAUUAUCAUUCAAUAAACCUGAUUUUCUUUGCA